AGGAGGAGGAAGAGAAGAAGCCCCCCAGGCAGGAGAGCGGCUGUGGAAGCUUCACCUCUUCUCUUCUUUACCCUUUUUUCUUUUUAUUAAAACUUUUUUCACGCGACUGAAACAAACAUCCAGGAGGCGCUUUGGUUUUCCGGAAGUUACAGUUUGUCCUGUCUGGAAACACGCCGCGCAGACGAAAGGUUUACCGCCAUAACAACGCUUUUUCAGGACAAAACCAACCGAAAGCCCGCCGCAAAAGACAGAAAAGCCCUGCAUCUGCCGGUUCCUGGCGGCAGUGCGGUCUGUGUGUGCAGUGGAGUGGAAGUUGGAGCCUUUUUUCUCCUCUGUUCGAGUCUUCCUGGCUGAGAGCCAGCAGGUUGGUGUCUCCUCGGCUCUGUCUUCACGCCAGGUUUGAGUUCUGACCUGCAGGCCAAUGUAAGUCGUGUUGAGUGACUGCGUGUGAAAGAGGGACCAGCGGUGUCCUCAUGUCCAAUGGCGGAGGUUUGUACGGACGCCCUGAGCGCGCCCGCCAGCUGCCCCACUAUGACCAGGUUCCUCCCGGCACGCCGCCUCGGGCCGACUCGCCCCGCCUCCUGCCACCGCUGAGUGGCUCGCCGGCGUCCCGCCUCGCCCGGAGCGCCGACCCGCUGCCCCCGCCGCCCCUGCCCGACCAGCCGCCGGUGGGGAGCGGGUCGGACCCCGGCGGGAGCGAGGACGAGCCGGACCCCGCCCUGGACAUCAAGCCGGUGCACCGCUUCAUCCCCGACUCCUGGAAGAACUUCUUCAGAGGGAGCCGCCGCAGCAGCAGCCAGAAGGCGUGGUCCAUGCCAGCCUCCUCCUGCAACAACAACAACAACAGCACCACCCAGGGCGUGCGCUGCUCCCCCCCACACUCCCCCUCCGCCCCCGGCUCCUACCGAGACCCCUAUGGGGGCUCCGGCGGGAGCUACAACUCCCACAAGGAGCUGCUGGAGGGCCGGGACGGUCGUGAGUCGCUGUCAGGGCGCACUUACCGCACGGGGCGGAGCUACAGCGAGCGGGUGGAGGAGUACCACCAGCGCUACGCCUACAUGAAGUCGUGGGCGGGGCUGCUGAGGAUCCUGGGCUGCGUGGAGCUGCUGCUCGGCGCCGCCGUCUUCGCCUGCGUCUGCGCCUACAUCCACAAAGACAACGAGUGGUUCAACAUGUUCGGCUACUCGCCGCCCGGCGGAGCGUACGGCGCUGGCUUCUACGGCGCCGGCGCCGGGGGCUCCUACUACACCGGACCCAAGACGGCCUUCGUGCUGGUGGUGGCGGGGCUGGCCUGGCUGGUCACCGUCAUCCUGCUGGUGCUGGGCAUGACCCUGUACUACCGCUCCAUCCUGCUGGACUCCAGCUGGUGGCCCCUGACCGAGUUCACCCUCAACCUGGCUCUGGCUGUGCUCUACAUGGCUGCAGGUAUCGUGUACGUGCGGGACACGACCCGUGGUGGCCUGUGCUCGUACCCGGUCUUCAACAACGGGAUCAACGGUGCGUUCUGCCGGACGGAGGCGGGCCAGACGGCCGCCAUCAUCUUCCUGUUUGUCACCAUGGUGGUGUACCUGAUCGGCGCCGCCGUGUGCCUCAAGCUGUGGAGGCACGAGGCGGCCCGCCGCUACCGCGAGCGCUACGGACAGGAGAUGCAGCCGUCUGAGAUGGUUCCUGUGAGGACGUUGAUGGCUCCAGCUGCUGCUCCCAGAGCGCCGGAGCAGGAGCGAGGCUCCUCGGUCGUCCCCAUCCGCUCCGUCCCCGACGCCGCUCCCGCCAAGGUGCUGCAGGGGGUCAUCCCGUCGGGUCACAUCCCCAAACCGGUCAUCGUACCCGACUACAUGGCUAAAUACCCGACGAUCCGCUCUGACGAGGAGCGAGACCAGUACCGAGCCGUGUUCAACGACCAGUACGCCGAGUACAAGGAGCUGCACGCCGACGUGCAGGCCACGCUGAAGAGGUUUGAGGAGAUGGACGCCAUGAUGCGCGGCCUGCCCCGGCACCCGGCCACGCAGCUGGAGGCUGAUCGCAUCAGCAGGAUCCUGCAGGACUACCAGAGGAAGAAAAACGAUCCAACUUUCCUGGAGAAGAAGGAGCGCUGCGAGUACCUGAAGAGCAAACUGUCACACAUCAAGCAGAAGAUCCAGGAGUACGAUAAAGUCAUGGAGUGGAACGACGGCUACAGCUGAGCCAGGAGACAAACUACAAGAACGCUGCUACUACGGGAACAGCGAGCAGAGAAACCUACAGGAGGCAGUUCAGUCAGAAAAACGCCUCCCUGCUGGUCUUUAUGUACGUCCAGAAGAAUCUCGGAGGACUUAGAAAGCGCUUUAUUCUAAAUGGGAUGAUUCAACACCUCAGUCUGAAAACACUAAACAUCAGCAAUCACUCCUUUCAGGUUGACGAAUAUUUAAAACUCGCUAGUUGUGACAUCUCUGGUCAUUUUAAGUGUAAAACCAGUGAUACAGCCAAUGUGUGACAAUUCUUUAACAGCUAAACUUAAAAUGCAAAGGAACAACCUAAAAGCCACUGGUAUUUGUUAGUUUCACGGGUAUGGAGUGGAAGUGCCCGUCUCCACCUUUACAGAUGUUUUAAAUUUAAAAAAAAAAAAAGCUUGUUAUUUGUUUGAAUAUAGCACCAGUUUCCAAAAUUAAGUUUGAUUAAAGUGCAGAUUGGAAUAUUUU